UCCAAAAUAAAAAUCAAUGAGCAUAAAUAAAUCAUCUUGUGAAAUGUAACAUGUAAGUAGCAUAUAAGACCUGUUCUUUCUCUUGUUCAGCAGGUCCACACAGGAAGGCAGAGGCAACAGGCUGACACUGUGAAGAGAGAAGAUAUUUCUCCAGCAGGCAAUUCAUCAUCUUCAACAUCUACAUCAUCUCCACCACGAGGAUGCUGACUGUGUCUCUACUCGUUUGUGCCAUGAUGGCUCUGACUAGAGCUAAUGGUGAAGAAGACACAUCUAUCAACGGCACCGUGACAAAUGAUACAAACAUCGAUGUCCUCAAUGCUCGAAAUGGUUGUCCGCCAGGUUGGGAACCAUUCGAUGGCCGCUGUUUCAAACUUGUAACAUCAAGACUUACUUGGGCUAAGGCUGAGAAAAACUGUCAAGCCUUCGGUGGAAACCUUGCAUCCACACGCAACUCUGAGGACUAUAACUUCAUUCAGCAGAUGACUACGGAACUAACAUGGAUUGGAGGCUCGGCUUGCCAAGAGACAAACGCCUGGUUCUGGUCUGAUGGUACACCUAUGGAUAAGCCUUUAUGGUGUGCAGGACAACCUGAUGGUGCACUAGCUCAGUGCUGCUUACAGAUUAAUACUGGAGAUGGAAAAUGCUGGGAUGACCAACCUUGCCGCAAUCUCCUCCCAUCAGUCUGUAUCAAGAAAUAAUGAUGAUUCCUUAGCUGACACAGGAAUGCACCACCAUCAAUCACACAAACACUUGUGGUGUGUGAUGAGCGUUUGUGUGUAUGUUUGGAUACUCUUCUGUGUUUGUGUCAACAGCCUCAUGCAGCACCUGAAGGCUCAAUGUCUCAUAUCACAAUCCUUAAUUCUUUGCUAUGGUUGUAACUGCCUAAGGGAUGAAACGACAAGUGAUGUAAACAGGAGAGCCUGCUUUUAAUAAGAGGAAAUGAAUGGUUACUGAAAGGAACACUUUUAACACAAUCUUACUCAUAUAUUAUGUCAGAUUAAAAGCCUGAAGCAUUGAAA